GUCCAUCUGUCACCAGUAAGUUUUCAUCUCCUUAUUUUUAUCGUUUCCUUCCUGUCAUAAGUUUUCUGAUGAUACACAAGCUGGCACCAGUCAUAGAGUGACUUGUACUCCCUUUCCUUGAUGACCACAUAGCUAUGGUCCUUGAGACUGAUAUCUGAUCAACUUUCGUUAUUCGCAUUGAAUCUUCUAUUCAUUAAUAACUACGCACAAGAGAAGACAGCAAUCGCUAAUAUAAUCGCACUUUUUGUAGCUUCCAAACCAAAUCCAGACUUCGUCCGAAUUAUCCUCUUUCGCAUCCCACCAUGGUUCUCCACAACCCUAACAACUGGCAUUGGGUCAGCAAGAAUGCCAGCGAAUGGGCUAAGCAGUGGUUCGAAGAGAAUCUUACCAAGGUCUCGGCCGAAGAUGGAGAGGUCACCGCCAAGAUCAAUAAGGUUGUCAGCAUGGACGGUGAUGUUGACGUAAGCCAACGGAAGGGCAAAGUGAUUACCAUUUAUGAUGUGAAACUCGUCUUAGAGUACUCUGGAUCCGCGCCUGGGGAAGAAAAUGUCUCGGGCACGAUUACCGUACCCGAAGUUGCCCACGACACCGAAGAAGAUGAAUUCGUCUUUGACAUAGACAUCUACUCAGAGUCUCAGGAGAAGCAACCCGUGAAGGACUUAGUUCGAUCUAAGCUGACGCCUCAGUUACGAAAGGAAUUUUCUAAACUUACCCCAGCUCUAAUUGCUGAACAUGGUAAAGAUAUCCAGCACGCCGCUGGUUCAAAUCCAUCGAGCGGAUUUACUACACCAAAGUACCAUACGCCAACUGGUGCCACCACGGCGAGUACCGAUGCCAGUGCUGCCACCCAAAGUAACCAAGGUAGUGUCGUCAACACAACAACAGUAACUGAUCAAGAAGAAUUCCGAACUACGGCCGCCGAACUAUACCAGACUUUCACUGACCCUCAACGGCUAGCGGCGUUCACUCGUGCCCCGCCAAAGAGAUUUGACGGUGCCAAGAAGGGCGGAAAGUUUGAGCUAUUUGGUGGCAACGUGUCGGGUGAAUAUGAAGAACUCGAGGAACCGACUAAGAUUGUCCAGAGUUGGCGAUUGAACCAGUGGCCAGCAGGUCAUCACUCGAAACAGGUAAUUGAAUUUGAUCAGAACGACGUUGACGGCGUAACUGUGAUGAGAGUUACCUGGAGCGGCGUUCCUGUAGGCCAAGAAGAGGUGACCAAGCGUAACUGGGAAGAAUACUACGUGAGGAGCAUCAAAACAACUUUCGGAUUCGGAACGAUCCUAUAACCGAAUGCAAUCUAGAUAGUCGACCACCGGCGUUUUCUGGUUUAGUGGCGUAAUUGGUAAGAAGUUCGAUCAGUCCUCACGGAUGGUUGUUAACCAUUUCAUCAAAACCAUAGUCGUAAGGUAGAGAGACAUAUUGCAUUGUCAAAAGACAAACUUAGAAAUAACGAAGACAAAUGAUUUGAAUGAUCG